CGCGCGGCUGGGGCGUCCGCAGCGCUGACAGGGCAGGCUCGGCCCCGCCGCCGCCGCCGCACAGGCCUCCGCCAGCCCCCGCCGCGGCGCCCCGCAGCGCCGGUUCCGCACCGAGAGAGGCGCCCGCCCUCAGUGGAGCUCCAUGUACGACAAUUUGUACCUGCAUGGAUUUGAAGACUCGGAGGCGGGCUCAGCAGAUUCGUACACAAGCAGACCCUCGGACUCUGAUGUCUCUUUGGAAGAAGACAGGGAAGCAAUCCGCCAAGAAAGAGAACAACAAGCAGCUAUACAGCUUGAAAGGGCGAAGUCCAAACCAGUAGCAUUUGCUGUUAAGACUAAUGUGAGUUACUGCGGAGCACUGGAUGAAGAUGUUCCUGUCCCAAGCACUGCUAUCUCUUUUGAUGCCAAGGACUUUCUACACAUUAAAGAGAAAUACAAUAAUGACUGGUGGAUAGGAAGACUGGUUAAAGAGGGCUGUGAGAUUGGCUUUAUUCCAAGCCCGCUUAGAUUGGAGAAUAUCCGCAUUCAACAGGAGCAGAAGAGAGGACGUUUCCAUGGAGGGAAAUCAAGUGGAAAUUCUUCUUCAAGUCUUGGAGAAAUGGUUUCUGGCACAUUUCGAGCCACACCCACUUCUGCCGCAAAACAGAAACAAAAAGUGACAGAGCAUGUUCCUCCAUAUGAUGUAGUACCAUCAAUGAGGCCUGUUGUCUUAGUAGGUCCAUCACUGAAAGGUUAUGAGGUGACAGACAUGAUGCAGAAAGCUCUCUUUGACUUCCUGAAGCACAGGUUUGAUGGGAGGAUAUCAAUAACUAGAGUGACAGCUGACAUUUCUCUUGCUAAGAGGUCUGUUCUAAAUAAUCCAAGCAAGAGGGCAAUAAUUGAGCGGUCAAACACAAGAUCAAGUUUAGCUGAAGUACAGAGUGAAAUUGAAAGAAUUUUUGAGCUGGCGAGGUCCUUACAACUGGUUGUGCUAGAUGCAGACACAAUCAACCACCCUGCACAACUUAUCAAGACAUCUUUAGCACCAAUUAUUGUCCAUGUUAAAGUGUCUUCUCCAAAGGUUUUGCAGCGACUGAUUAAAUCUAGAGGAAAGUCACAAAGUAAACACUUGAAUGUUCAGUUGGUGGCAGCUGAUAAACUUGCACAAUGCCCACCAGAAAUGUUUGAUGUAAUUUUGGAUGAAAAUCAACUCGAAGAUGCUUGUGAACACUUGGCCGAGUAUCUUGAGGCGUACUGGCGUGCUACUCACACCACCAGUAGCACACCAAUGACCCCUCUCCUUGGGCGAAAUCUAGGAUCCACUGCACUUUCGCCAUACCCUGCUGCAAUCUCUGGAUUACAGAGCCAGCGUAUGAGACAUAGCAACCAUUCUACAGAGAACUCUCCAAUUGAACGACGAAGUCUAAUGACCUCAGAUGAAAAUUAUCACAAUGAAAGGGCUCGGAAGAGCAGAAACCGCUUGUCUUCCAGUUCCCAACACAGCCGAGAUCACUAUCCUCUAGUGGAAGAAGAAUACUCUGACUCAUACCAGGACACUUACAAACCCCAUAGGACCCGAGGAUCCCCUGGAGGAUAUAGCCAUGAUUCACGACAUAGGCUAUGAGUUUAAGAACCUGGGGAAAAAUAGUAUUCAUCAGUUAAUAACUUGCCAUAACGUAGCUAGGAAAAAAUAAAUCAUCUUAAUUUGGCAGCUGUAACAUGGUUAUACUGAAGUUACACUCUGCUGUCACUUGAUGUUAAGUAGGGGGCAAAAAAAAUUUACCAUGCCCUUAUGUUUAUGCCCAACCAUAUAGGUUGUUUUUGUUGGUUUGGGUUUUUUUUUCAGUACAACAUUCACAUUUAUAGCCAUACCUUUUACUCAUCAUUAGCUAUUAGACUCAUCAGUUUGUAAUUUAGGGUACUUAUCAAGGCACUUAUAAAAUAAUUUCCUGUGCUGGAAAUUCCAAAUGACCAGUUCCAGUUGGAACCAAUUUAUAAACCAAUUCCUGUUGGAAUUUGGGUGAAUUGACUGGAAAGUCGACUUGAGCAUGUUGCAAUCAAUUGAAAAAAAUACAAAUGAAAAAUCUGAAAAUUACAGACACUAGAAGCCAAAAAAUCAGCUACAGUAUUUGUUUGCUGGAAGCUAAAUUUAUAAAGUUAGAAUACAAGUAUUUUUUUCUAACCACGUAUUUCCAGAAUGGCUUUUUCAGACAAACCAAAUAUAAACUGUCUGUAGUGCCAAAUAUCACAAAUUAAUGCAGCAGUUACAAAAUACUUUCCAGUUUGAAAUUAUUUUUAAAUCUGGCAUGAGUGUUGCAGCAGAAUGAUUUUUUUGUUGUUGUUUUGUUCAGCCAGUACGGACAUUUUUGUUGUGGUCAGCUGUGAUGAACUGUGACAGGAUAAGGGGAAGUAGAAACAGGAAAAAGAACAAACUCAAGAGUAGGUUGUAUGGUUAAAGUUGGGGAAAAGUCAUUUCUUUCUCUUGUUUACCAGAAUACAGCUAGUAGUCCCAAAAUAGAACAUCAGUGUAUAGAUAAUGUAAUAUUUUUUCUCCCAUUUUUAAUAUUCUGCCUUUUUAAACGGAAAACAAUACACUCUCCUUAUCUAGUGUAUAGAGUACCUACAUUCCAGUACAUCUGAGUACCUAUAUGUUACAUCUUUCAAAAUCCAUCUUUGAAUGUCUGCAAAUUCCAGCAUCGCACAAGAAUCCUCCAGAAGAACAUCAGCAUAAAUUUUACUGAUGAAAUAUAUGCUGGGGGGUGGGGGGGUUGAGCAUUCGUAAAUGAUGAAAAUUCAGAAUAACAUGUUGGUCACAAUUAGCCUGCAAUAAAAAUAAGAAUAUCAAAAAAUAACCCUGCUCACAGUAACAUUGUAGAGCUGACAUUUUUAAUUCUAAGAACUAUGAUAACUCUUUGGAGAUAUUGCUGCCUUACUUCCUAACAAACACUUCUUCUCACCUACUGAGUCUUCAAUUUUUUUAAAAUAGAUAAAUUUAUGUAAUUAGACCUUAUAUCUUACAUUAUCAGUGAAGCCUUAGAUCCAAUAUGAUUGAAAUAAUUACUAUAAUUGACCAUUUUAUACAACCCACUGAUGUAUUUAAGCAGAGACUCCUGAAAUUCCGCACUGCAUGCAUUUUCUAAAAUUGACCGAAUAUAUGCUGAACAUGCAUUUUUUAUGCAGGUUCAUGUCAAAAGUAUUUUUUUGGAAAUGAGUAUUGUUAAUUUUUAUACUUGCUUGUUUUCUUCCCAAAGCCUGCUAAAGUAGGCUCUAGAAGCAUGUAGCAGUAAAUACAUUUCCUGAGUAUUAUGAGGUCUUCUACUUUCUGGACCAAUUUGCAAAGAUCACUGAUACUUUCCACCACUACUGAGCCUGGUUAUCUUCUUGAUGUUAACAACUGGAAAAGUAAUUCAUCUCAUAUUUGGAACAACCAAAAAUAAUGUACAUCUCUAGCAGCAUUAGAAGAUAGCGGAUGCAUGAUUAUUUUUUUGAACAACUUUACCGCCUAAAAGAAGGCCUUAAACAUCACUAGAUGAGUCAAAUGAGCCAGUUACCAGGAACAAAAAUGUAACAUAUCUGCAUCCAUUGCAGUAAUAGAGUUAAGAAUGGAUGCGAAAGACCUGAUCCUGUUUGAUUUCUCUCAGGCUGAAUCCUUGCUGAUUCCAAAGAGCAUUUAGUUUGAGAAAGCACUGCAAGAUCUGGUCUGGGAAUGGUAGCUUAAGCUGUCUUCUCUAAUAUUUUCUGCUAUAGCACAGUGGAGCAUUCUCCAGUAAUUUUUACAAAUAUUUGUUACAUGUACAGCACACAUACCUGCAUGAGAAGGAAGGCAUUAGGCAAAACAUUUUUUCUGUAAGCUUUAAUAAGUUUCUUGUUUGUGUGCAUUAAAGUAUUAAUUGCAAAGAAUGCACUGAGAUGUAUAAACCUAGAUUAGACACCUGUUUAUUCUGUAGUAGCAUUAGGGAUCAGAUCAUUAACUGCUUGAAGAUAUUUGCAUUUUAAUGGCAGGUAGCUGCAAAGCACCUACAUAUAUUUUCUAGAAAACAAGAUUACUGCUUUAUCAUUUCCUCGACAGAAAAUGUCAUUUAUUCCUAGAGCCUUUUGGAGCCUUGUUUUGAAGUCUUCCAUGUCAUGCUAGUUAAGGGAAAGAUCUACACAAUACAUAUGCACAAAUUCCAUCAACAGCAGCAUCUGAAGUGCCAAAACUACUUUGUUCUAAUAAAAACAAGCUUUUGAGGGAAGUCAUGUAUUGUCUUGAAAGAACAUGUUGGGUUCCUUUAUUGUGUGGGUUUAAGUUCACUUUAGUAUUGUAUGUAUUUAGUUUACCCUCUUCUCCCCCACACCCAUUCCAUUUGAAUAUAAGCAAUCAGUUACAAAAGAUCCAGCAGAACUCCUUGCUUGGUGGUUUUUUAUUCUUUGAAGAUAGUUAUAUCUUUAAGUACAAAUAUACCAAACGUGCUAAUAGAUUAUUUAUUUAUUCUAGAUAAAAGCUGUUGGAACUCUUUCAUUUUAAACAUAAAUUAUUUUUUAGGAAACAGUAAUCAAUAAAAGUUGCAAUGUUGAUCAAGACGUGUAAACUCAUAGUAUUUGCAUUAGAACUUCAGCAGUGCUAGCCAGCUGUAUUGUGAUUUAUUAUGCGAUGGCGCUAUAUAAAAAUGUGAAGUUCAUGUAUUCCGGAAUGAAUACGAAUAAGACCAAUUUUCUAUUCCUUAUGCCAUUUCUUCUUGUUGUUAUAAUAUUAUUGCAGCAAAGAUCAGAGUUCUGUCCUAAACUCUGGCUUAUAAGGAGAAUUUUAGAAAGGUUUAUAAAAUGUUGGUGAGUUUUUGUUUUCUGAGUUUUUCAUUAGGACACUUUGGGAUUAAUGCUAAUUUAGUCAAUAAAGGUGACAUGACAAUCUUAAUAUCCAAGGACAAUAUACUUCCAUGCAUCCAUAUGUUUAUAAAUGAAUUAGCAAAGUAUUUUAAAAAUCUUGGAAGCUGCUUUAAAGACAAUUCAUUGUUAAUCUUUCAAUUUAAAAUAUUUUCUUUUUGGCAAGUUGUAUUUGACAAAUAUACAGGUUCUUUUAAUAAUUACAUAGAUAAACAUAUAUCCCAUGGGACAUGCCUCUUGAAAGUGAUUAUGUUUUCUGCCUGAGUAUAUUAAGAAGUUAUUGCUUAAAGGAACAUAACUAAAAUUGUUUUAUAUUAAAUUUUAGUUUAAAAACAAUGGGACAAAUUAUAUAUUCAUUUUUAAGCAGGUUUGACUGAUUUAAAAAAAUCAAUUCCUCUGCUUGAGAAUUCAUAGUAUAGUAUAGCCCUACACCUAGACUUUCUCCUGAAAAAUUACCUCAGCAGGGAAAUCAAGUGAUGCCCCAGAUUUUGUGCUCCAUGAGCAAAAGUAGUUUCUGAUGGCACCAGAUACUUGGUGUGUUCUCGGGACUGGGGGUGGCUCUGUGCCUUCAGCAGACACCUCUCCAGGGAUGGUACUCGGAACGCUAGUUUUGGUUUUGCAGCACAUAGAGAAAUAUUUUAGGGUUUUCUUCCUCAGAUUUGAGAGCGCCUUCUGCAGAUGACAUCUGGGAUGAUGUCUUUAUAUGCUCCUUGCUUUUAAAAUAACGUUUGAUGAGUACUUACUAGAGUAGAUUACCAGGAGGAGGAAAGGGAGUUGCAAGCUCCUGGUGCGAGCAUGCUUUUGGCAGGUGUCUGCUGUGCCACCAGCGAGCUGCGGUGCUCCAAGUGCCAGGUGGUGGGAGCUACUGGAGAUGUGCCCAAGCCUGUCGCUUUGGGGUCAGCCCGACUCCCCGUCUUCUGAGUUCGUUGUGGUCUCCAUUCCGUUGAUUCCUCUGAACUUCCCAGAAUCUCACAUCUUUACAGACAUUAGCAUUCUCAAAAUAAUAUUGCUAAUACUGUUAUUUUGUAGUGUACUGGUCUGAGUAAAUUAGGGCUUUCAUCAGUCCAUUACUUUCUUUAAGAAUACAUUAAACACGUUCUCUACUAUAUUUUGUUUUCUGAAUUCAGUGUUUAUGAAACCUGUCCUUGAUUCCAUAGUCCUCAAUUUUUUAAAGCAAAAAUAAUUAGUGACCACCAAUGAAACAAUCAGAUGCAUACUGUGUAAAAUACCACUUACACAAAUCUGUCUUCUCUCCUAAAAAUCUUUAUUUUAAAAUUAGGUUAUGUUGCCUCAAUGGGUAUUAAUGUAAGUUUGGAUACAUGGGGUUCUGCUAUAAUGUAUUUUGUUGCAGCUACCUCUUAUUGCUUCAAAUAGUUCAACUAAGUGUGUCUGGACUGUAUGAUAAUGUAACGUAGCCAACUCAAAAUUGGGGAAAUUAAAUUCCUAUUGUCUUUAAAACAAUAGCAAAAGAGAGUAUAUUAUUUUAAGAACAGUCAUUUGAAUAACCUUUAGUAUAUUGCUAUUCAAGUCCAAUUCAUUUUAUACAGGAAAAUAAAGGUAUGUCUUUGAAAAUAAAGGUACAUUUUAAUAAUGUAGAAAAUUCAUGUGUAAGGCAUUGACUUGGAUGAAGAGCUGCAAAUGCUAUUCAGUGUCAAAGUUUUUGCUAGUUUGGAGAAAAAAAUCUUCUUCCUGAGUUGCGGAAUCCACUUAGCAGGUCAAGAGAAAUACUCUACUCAAAUCCAUUUGAAUGUUUGGGGAAAGGGAGAAACACUUCCAGAACGCUAAUAAGACCAUAUCAGCCCUCUGCAGAGUUUCUCUCUCUCUGUGAGGUGACUCUUGGUUACCUCCUUUGAAAGUGGUGCAGCUGGAAGUAACGGCGGCUUGGUCCUAGUGCAGUGCAGCAGACUUGCCUUUUCCCUUCGCGUUUGGUGGGGGUGAGCUGCCGCCCGGAGUCUCCCUAGCGCUCGGUCCUACAGGCAACUUCUGCUGGGCACAGAGUUUAUUACUGUCUUGUCUGGAAGCCAGGAGCUGCCAGGUCUGACCAUAAAUGUCACGUGCCACUUAUCAUAUGCCUUACAAAUAUUUCCUGAAAAAUUAAAAAUGAUUGCCACCGUCCCCUUUGAUACUCUGUAUAAGCAGUAGAAAAUCAGUAUAGUAAGAAAAUAUAUUGUACAGUACAAAAUGAUAUAUAUUUGCCAAUGACAUAAAAACAAAGCAAGGAAAAAAGCACAUUUAUAAUAGCACAAAUUUACAAGAAUUCCACGAUUACACUUGGCAUUGUAUUUUUGAAAAAAUAGGUAAUUUUUUGAUGCAGUGUCAAUGAAUUUAUUGCAUUUUUCAUCAGUUUAAAUUGCUGCCUGGUACUUCUAACAGUUUAUUUCUAAGCCUUGCAUUUUGCAUAUGUGAUUUUUCAAUAACUUGCAUUCCUUCCAUGUUAAUUAAUGAAAAGUAUUUUUUUUAAUUAGAAAGUCCCUGAAUUCAUUUGUUGUAGUUUCCUCCUCAAAACUGAAAUUACGUGAAUACAAACAAAUUUCUAAUUACAGCCAAUGUACAGAUUUUGGCAUAUGACUGAUGACUAUACCAGUAAUGUUUAUGGCCCAAGGUCUGGAAUGAAAUACUCCCAAUAAAUAGGUUCUUGGGGCUGUAAUGCUACUUGCUUUUGUGCAUCAGGGAAAAGGGGGGGAAGGGAAGACAUUGCAUUAUAAGCACUGUGAGAGUCUACCCAGAACUUGCAAGGACAUUGCUGAAAACUUAAGACAGGAAGGAAAGUAAGCUUACGGAAUGCAUGCUCAGACCCAAAAUGUGUUUACAUUUGAAACGGGCCUGAUUCUCCUUUAAUACAUACAAGAUAAAAGUCAGUGAAAUUGUACAAGCAGAGCAAAGGAAGAGAAUCAAGCGAAAUACAAUUUUAUGUAUGCACAAGAUAUAAAAUGGUAGAAUAAUAAGCUGAAAGCAGUCAUUCAAACUGAACCAUGGACCUUGGGCUUUUCAGUUCCCAGAAAAUCUGCUCCUCAGCCAAACUAGUUCCCAGUGAUAGCCUGACUGUCCCAUCACUAGUUCAGACUCACUAUGGUAAAGACAUUAUUGCCUUUACUAAAGAAAAAGAAGAAUGUAUGUUUUCUUGCCCCCUUCUGUUCUUUCUUCUAUAGAUACUGUACGUGUAGCAUUCUACAAGGCAUGCUGGGUAAACUAUACUAUGCAAAUGUGUACAAUGUUGCAUGAUUUGCUCUCCCUCUGCUUUAGUGGCUUUCAAAGAAAAAAAAAGUGUUGUUAUUUUUGUGAACAGAAUCAUUUAAAAAAGAAAAUGCAGACUGCAUGCUUGUAGUAGCCUCAUUUCUAUGGAUUUGUUUUAUGGAAUUUAGAUGUACAAAAAUGAACUGCAUUACAAUAACUUUUCUACAAUAAAUCAAAAACUAGACAAACUGUUUAAAAGUCUUUUUUAAGUCUCCUUUUGUAUUCUGCCCUCAAAAGAUUGGAAAAAUGCUCAGAAGAGUCAAUUAAGAACAAAAUGUUGCAGUGUUAUUGUUUGGAGACAGCUUUUGGCAGCAGCUUAAUGUGUUAACAUUUUUUAGUAAAAAUUAAUGAGAUUGUGAAGAAAGGGAUGCAUCUGGUCUGUGGAAUGAAUGACAUUUAUUUUUAGAGUGAUCUGCUCUAAAUUAUUGCAGAUCAUAAGUACAGAAAUACGUAUUAUAAUUCACUAUUCCAUCAAUAAGUAAGAUACUUUCAGCCAACUGAAAUCAAUGGAUUCUCAUGAAUGUUAAUGGCUUUUGGAUCUGUCUUUAAUUUAAAACCUAGACAGAAACAAGCAUCAAAAUAAUGUGAGGUAUUAAGGAUGAGGGAAUAGUUAAAGCAAACACUUUUUAUAAUACACUGAAAGCAAGAAAGGGCUGAAAGGUACAGCCUUGAGCUAAGCCUGGAGAGCAAUCCUAGAAGUGAAAUUAUGGGGUGAGUUCCCAUAUGGAGUUUGCUCCGCAGUGAUGCAAAGAGUCUUUUUUCCUCAAAGGGAACCCAUGGCCUAACAAAAAGGCUGCGAUCAUCUAAAAAAUGUGGAAACACGGUGCGUUCACACUGGGUGCAGCAGCCGGGGACCAAACCGGCUCGGUGGAAGCACAGGUUUCUCAUGGGCACCACCAGGCAGGCACAGAAGUUUGGCCAUGUGGUCUCCCGUCAGCCGGUGAGCCCGGUCACGCCGCUGGCGGUCCCCUCGCGUCGUGAGCCCAGGCCGGGAUAACCGCUUCCACGGUCUGCUUCACCAGAGACAGCAGGAGGCAUCACCAGGUAAGCUGCAUCGGACUACAGAUUAAUGUUUGCCACGUUUCUAAAGGACACAUGCUGCUUUUUUAAAUUAAUUUAAUUGGAUCAGCUUGACUAAGUGUUCAAAAUGAAAUAUAAAGCUUGUGAGUUUUGAUUAAGCUAUUAAUAAAGUUCUUAACAUCUUCCAG